AUGGAAAGUUCAUGGAACAAUGAUAUCUCAUCAUUUAGAGACUCUCUCAAAGAAUGGAAUACCAAUGUCUUCGGAGAUAUUUUAAAGAAGAAAAAGAAGAUCAUUAGGAGGUUUCAAGGCAUUACCAACACCUUGGAUCAGGGGAAUAAUAAUUUCUUAGAAAAGCUUAGAGGUCAAAUUUGGAAGGAGUACCAGGAUAUCUUAACCCAAGAAGAAAUUUUGUAUUACCAAAAGUCAAGGAGUAAAUGGCUUGAAUUCGGGAAUCGAAACACUAAGUUCUUCCAUGGUUCAACUAUGAUCAGAAGAAGGAAGAACAAAAUAAACUUGCUCCACAAUGACAUGGAUAAUCCCAUUUCUGACCCCAAUAUUCUGGAAAGUAUGACUCUUAAUUUCUUUGCUGAUUUUUAUAAAGAUAAUAACCUCGACUUUCCUUUUGUACUGCGAGGUGAGUUUCCCAUUCUCUGUGAUGAGGAUAUCUCGAUCAUUGGUAAAAAUAUCUUGCAUGAAGAAAUCAAACAUGCUGUUUUUGGUAUGGGAGGUUUCAAAGCACCUGGCAGAGACAAUUUUCAAGUUAUUUUCUUCCAAAGCCAGUGGGAGAAAGUGAAAAAUGAUUUAUGCCUUCUUAUUGGUGAUAUUUUCUAG